AUGAAGGGAAACAGCCCCAUCCAGCAGAACGGCCUCUUUGGGCCCUUCCAGAGCGUGCAGCGCCCCGACGGCACACGUAUCGCGUUCGACAUUCUCGGCGCGGAGCUGCAGGACGGCUCGCGCGCGAAGACGCCGGUGGUGUUUGUGGGAGGGAUGACGUCGUGCAGGCAUGAUUUUGAUAGGGUCGCUGUGUUGCUCGCGAGGAGCAGGCCGGUGUUGUUGGUGGAUCAUAGGGGGAUGGGCGACUCGACGAUUCCGCCGGAUGGCGUUGACAAGUUUACGAUUGAGGUGCUUGCGCGGGAUUUGCUCGCUGUGCUUGAGACGGUGGGGUGGAAGAAGAUUGCGAUUAUUUCACAUUCUAUGGGCGGUAUCGUCGCCCAGCAGCUCCUCUUCCUACCCUACCACCCCACGCAGCCCACCCCGCUCCCGUUCACCGUCUCGCACGUCGUCUUCGCCGCGUCCCUGCCCCGGCCGAUCCGCAACGAGAAGUUCGGCGUCAAGUUCCCGCCGAAGCCGCUAAGCAAGCUCACGCAGGAGCAGCGCGCCUUCCUCGUGCGCGCGAGCAUGUACGCCGACUUUGACGACGCGUUCUGGGACGACCCUGCGAACGAGAAGCGUAUCGACGAGCUCGUCGCGAGAGGGCUCAAGGGACGGCCGUUCCCUGUGAUAUUCCAGCAGCGGCGGUCGACGAGCAACUUCGACUUCACCUCCGCGAAUCUACACGCCCGCAUCCCGCGCUCGACGCGCGUGCUCGCCUUCAGCGGCGCGGCGGACCAGAUCGUGCCCCCGACGAACCAGGGCGACUUUCUCGCGCUCAUCCCGCACGCGCGUGCGCUGCGUGUGUCUGUGCCCGGCGAGGGGGGCGAGCUCGAGUGGAGGGGCCAGCGCGUGCGGAGGGGGACGGUCCCGAGUGCUACGUUCGGGCAUAAUUGGGUCGAGUACUUUACCCCGGAGAUAUGGCUCGGUGUUUUCGAGGAGUUCUUUGACGAGGGCGAAGUGGGGGCGGGGAAGAGUAAGCUGUGA